AUGGCAGAGAAGAAGAUAGCGUGUGUGACAGGAGCGGGAGGCUUUAUAGCUUCAUGGCUAGUCAAGCUUCUACUCUCCAGAGGCUACACUGUUCAUGGAACCGUCAGAAAUCCCAGUAAUUUUUAUUUCUCUCUCUUUCAUCAUUACUCAAGUGAUGACUCUGAUUACUUAAAACUCUUCAAGGCAGACCUGCUGGAUUACAACUCUCUUUUUCCAGCCAUCAAAGAUUUCAGUGGAGUGUUUCAUCUUGCCUGUCCAGUUCCCCCUGGCAGUGUGACAAAUCCCGAGGUAGAAUUGAUUGAGCCUGCUGUAAAGGGUACGCUAAAUGUACUCAAGGCAUGUUCUGAAGCAAGUGUUAAGCGAGUUGUGGUUGUGUCCUCGGUAGCUGCUGUUCUCCUGAACCCUAACUGGCCCAAGGGUCAAGUGAAGGACGAGACUUGUUGGUCUGAUACAGAAUACUGCAGAACUACUAAUAACUGGUAUUGUCUUUCAAAGACUUUAGCAGAAAGUGAGGCUUUUGAGUUUGCAAAAAGGAGUGGACUUGAUGUUGUAAGUGUGUGUCCAUUCGUUGUUUUGGGGCCAUUGCUUCAGUCCACAGUGAAUGCUAGUAGUCUGGUUCUCCUUAAGCUUUUGAAAGAAGGAAAAGAAACGAAAGAAAACAAGGUUCGGAUAAUAGUAGACGUACGUGAUGUUGCUGAAGCGCUGCUAUUGGUAUAUGAGAAGCCCGAAGCUGAAGGAAGAUAUAUAUGUAAUGCUCACACAAUCAAGACACAGGAUUUGGUGGAAAUGCUCAAGGCAAUCUAUCCUAACUACAAUUAUCCCAAGAACCCAAGAAGGGAGGAAACGGAAGAGUUGAGUUCAAAGAAAUUGCAGAGGCUGGGUUUGAGUUAUAAAGCAUUGGAAGAAACUCUUGUUGAUUCCAUUGAAAGCUACAAACAGAAUGGACUUCUGGAUUAG